CUCAUUCAUUAUUCACAACACAUAUCAAUUCUUCUCUAAUCUAAGCAUGGGAACCCGGGGCCAACCGGGACAUUUAUAUGCAAUGCUUUUUGCUAUAGUUUUCUGCCUUGUAGCCACUAGUGUGGUGGCUGAUUAUAAGCCUUACGAUCAUGCUUCUCCUCCCCCUCCCUACCAUCCUAAACACUACAAACCUUCUCCAUACCAUAAAAGCUCUCCGCCGCCACCAAUGCAUGUGAAACACCCACCGUAUUACUAUAAAUCGCCGCCCCCGCCAAAGUAUGUGAAACAUCCACCAUACUACUACAAAUCACCGCCUCCACCGAAAUAUGUGAAACAUCCGCCAUACUAUUAUAAGUCGCCUCCUCCACCGAAAUAUGUGAAACAUCCGCCAUACUAUUAUAAGUCGCCUCCUCCACCAAAAUACGUAAAACCUCCGGUGUAUAAAUAUAAAUCUCCACCCCCACCAAAACCAUACUACUACAAGUCACCGCCUCCACCUAAAUACGUAAAACCUCCGGUGUAUAAAUAUAAAUCUCCACCCCCACCAAAACCAUACUAUUACAAGUCACCGCCUCCUCCAAAGAAGUCUCCACCUCCACCGUAUUACUACUCAUCGCCGCCUCCUCCAAAGAAGUCUCCACCUCCACCGUAUUACUACUCAUCGCCGCCGCCUCCAAAGAAGUAUCCACCGCCACCGUACUACUACUCAUCGCCGCCUCCUCCAAAGAAAUCUCCACCUCCACCGUACUACUACUCAUCGCCGCCGCCUCCAGAGAAGUCUCCACCUCCACCGUACUACUACUCAUCGCCGCCGCCUCCAAAGAAGUCCCCACCUCCACCGUACUACUACUCAUCGCCGCCGCCUCCAAAGAAGUCCCCACCUCCACCGUACUACUACUCAUCGCCGCCGCCUCCAAAGAAGUCUCCACCUCCACCGUACUACUACUCAUCGCCGCCUCCUCCAAAGAAGUCUCCACCUCCACCGUACUACUACUCAUCGCCGCCUCCUCCAAAGAAGUCUCCACCUCCACCGUACUACUACUCAUCGCCGCCUCCUCCAAAGAAGUCUCCACCUCCACCGUACUACUACUCAUCGCCGCCUCCUCCAAAGAAAUCUCCACCUCCUCCGUACUACUACUCAUCGCCGCCUCCUCCAAAGAAAUCUCCACCUCCUCCGUACUACUACUCAUCGCCGCCUCCUCCAAAGAAAUCUCCACCUCCUCCGUACUACUACUCAUCGCCACCUCCUCCAAUAAAAUCUCCCCCUCCCUCUUACUACUAUAAUUCUCCACCUCCACCAUCACCAUCACCUCCUCCUCCUUAUUAUUAUCAAUCUCCACCACCCCCAACUUACUCUCCUCCUCCUCCACACUACUAAAUACCUCCACCACCUUUAAAUUACUACGAUUAAGUCAAUUGUGGAAUGAAUUUAAGAUGUGAAAAUAAGAACAUUGUGUUCGAGUUGUUAUGUUGGUUUUUUUAUUUAAGUGAUUUCACAUUAUUUUUAUAUGUAAUAAAAAAGUCUUUGUAUGUAAUAAGGAUAUAGACCAAGAUUCAAAGUGAAGUAUUUUCUAUGAACCAA